AUGGUCUCCCAAAAUGUUAUUGAUUUGUGUCAAGCAACUGAGACUGUGAGCUCCGUCCUAGCAAAGGAUCCGAGUCAAUCACCAGGAGACAUUGUCAAGAAGUUAUAUGGCCACCACGAACAUGGAUUACAUCACAACGAGUCGACCCAAAAGCACACACCACCGCCCUCUCCCCCAAAUGAAGCCAUCGAUGCAGCCGAGAGAGCCUUUCAGUGCGGCCACUGGGGCUCUACAGUACCUAGUCAACUCUUCCUACAAGCUUUCGCCGACGCUUUGCAAUGUCUCGACAAGGACCCAAUAGCUGGAGUCGUCUCUCCUCCUCUGAUGGGCUCUCAUGGCACCAUGCCUCUAACAGUGAUUGCGCCUUUGGCAGAUGUAAUGCGACAUACAGCGAAUCUCAUCGUACGCGCUCAAAAGGAAGUUUUUCUUAUCACUUGUUCUUGGGCUCCAUCCGUAGCGCAAAGGUUAAUUAGGGGCGCAUUGAUUGAACUUUCACGUCGCGCAGGUCACAGAGGAGAGAGGGUCAUAGUCAAGGUCAUGUACGACAAAGCCGGACCUGCAAACGCCAUAAAUCCACAUCAGAAUAUCAAACCCAAGACUUACACAGCCAAAUCGAUUGACCUUCCGUCACCAGAGGAGAUACCUCACAUCGAUAUGGAAGUGGUCAGUCUACACAGAUUCAUCUUGGGAACAUUGCAUGCAAAGUUCUGCGUGGUCGACCGCAAAGUUGCAUCUGUCAUGAGCAAUAACACUGAGGAUAAUGAUAAUCUCGAGAUGAUGAUCCAUGUCGAAGGACCAAUUGUUGACAGCAUAUACGACACGGCUUUAAUUACUUGGCAAAAUGGGCUUCAUCCUCAACUCCGUUUAUGUGACUCUCCGCCUGCCUCUGAAAGCGGUGUGCUAUCUGUCCAAAGACCUGGUUAUGAGGACAUCACUGCCACUCAAGAGCGAAUCGAAACCGUCACUAGAAGAGAUACCGAGGACGCAACUCGAGAGCAUACACCAGAGGAUCCUCAUUUCGAUGAAGAUAUCGCAGGUGAAGUCAAACGCAUGCAAGCCAGCUACUCCAAGAAAGAGGGGGAAACGCGUCUCCAGGCUGCCAAUCGCAAACUUAACGUUGCCGCGCCCACUCCAGUUGAGCCUACAGGGCCUGAGAUCCACGCUGGCGAAGAAAUGACGCCUUACAUUCUCACCAGCACCGAUGCCAAGCCAGUUCCAAUGGCGCUCGUAUCACGUCCUCCUUACGGCGCGAUCGACUCAAAGAAUGUCCAUGUCCCUCAGAAUGAAGCCUGGCUAUCCCUCAUUCGAAAUGCGCAGCGCAACAUAUUUAUCCAAACUCCCGAUCUCAAUGCUAGUCCCUUGAUUCCUACGAUCAUCGACGCACUCAAGAGGGGAGUGGAAGUCACUUACUACGUGUGUUUUGGAUAUAACGACCCUGGGGAGAUGAUUCCCGGGCAGGGUGGAACGAACGAUCAGAUUGCACAAACACUCGUCGCUUCACUGCCAGAAGACAGCAGUGAGCGCAAGCGUCUACAUAUAUACAACUACGUGGGAAAGGACCAAGAUCAUCCCAUUCACCAAUGCUUCAAGUCUCGGUCUUGUCAUAUCAAAUUGUUAAUCGUGGAUGGAAGUGUUGGGAUCCAGGGAAGUGGUAACCAAGAUACACAAUCCUGGUUCCAUAGUCAGGAAAUCAACGUGAUGGUAGAUAGCGUGGAGAUAUGUCAGAAAUGGAGAGAAGGGAUUGAUCGGAAUCAGAACACCAAGGAAUUUGGCAGGGUUGCGAGGGAUGGAAUUUGGAGGGAUGAAAGUGGGAAACCUGGGAAGGGAUACAUGGGUAAUCCAGGAACAGUGAUGGGGUUGGUCAAAGGCGCUAUGGGAAUGAUCCAAAAAUGGAAAGGGCCAGGGGGAUUUUAG